AGAAAAUGUAUAAAAACUAAACAAACUCAGUAUAGAUUUUUUAAUAACAUUUUGAAUUUAUAUCUUUACUUUUAGAUAUUUUUGAAUCAUUUAAGGCCUGAAUAUCGCACCGAAAGAUUCGCACAUAAACCGUUAAAAAAGUUGCACACCGAACGCCGCAACCAGCCUGAGACUGCUGCAUGGAAUCGACCGACGGACUUGAACUACCCAGCACAGUGCAACCAAGUGCGAAUGAUUGAUGCCUCGAAGACAUCACUUUUUCCUGCAAAGUGGAGCGGUGGAGUGUAGUAAUUGACAUUUGAUAUGCAGCUUCUGGCGCCUCCUCAAAACUUUCGUUGACUUCAACGAGGCGGUGAGUCACGACCGGGAUCCUUUUCCUCAGAUUGAUUAUGCACCGCAUGCCUCAAGCUGUCUACUUCAAUUCUCUAGGCGGCGCUCUUAUAUCUCGGCGAUAAAGGCGCACACGCACCCAUAAACCUUAAUUCCACCCGCCUUUCGAGUCUUCGAAUGACCUUAAAACUAAAUUGCCAAUUGCGAUUUUAUGGCCCACAUGUGUCCCCAGCUGUGUGUAUAUUUUUGCCGAUCCAGGUCCGAUCCCUUGGUCCGGUGCCACCCCCGCAGAGUUCCACAGACCGUCAGUCACUGGGAUGGUGGAUGGUGCGAACUCCACGUCAUCGUCCAGCGAUCGGAGUUGUCAGGCGGAUGGUUCGCACGUUCCCGCGAAGAUCCCCGUUGCAUACUAAGCAGGGAUCAGUCGCGUCUAUGGGUAUAUCCGAUUUUUUUGAGCCUCUCAUUAUGCUCGAUGUGCUGGCCUUUUGCCUGGCUCGUCGCGUAUAUAAAUCUAACGCGCUGCCCCGAUCAGACAUCACUUCUUUGGUGGAAACUUCAGUAACAAGUUUAGCUCCUGCUGUGAUCAGCUCGCCAUUCCGUAUCCCAUAAUCGCAACCGUCGCCCGUAAAAGGAUUUAAAAAACUACUUUUUCCCCUCCAAAACUAAAGUCAGUCCAACAUGAAGUUCUGUGCUGCCGUGGCUCUGCUACUGGUCGCCGGCAUCGUGGCCAGCGGCGAUGCCCUGCCCGCCAGGAAAAGUGAGUUCGCCGCCCAAAGGAUUACCCAUUCCGCUAGCACAAUCACCCUCUAAUCACAUCAUCUGCAUCCAUCCAUCCCUUCGCAAUCCUACUGAAGACCGGCAAUACCUCGUUCCAGGAAUGGUCUACCUACAGCAGCCCGCAGCCGCCGAGUGGUACGGAUCCGCGCCCCAUCAGCGCUUCAUGUACAUGCAGUACGUCCAGCCAGGUCGCACGCACGCCCGUUCCACCCAGGCAGCCAGUGCUCUCGUGGCCGGAGAGACCGUAGCCACCGGAACAUACCUGAAGGAUUCUGAUGUCAGCGCCGAAGGAGUCCCAGCUGAGGACGUCCUCGCUGCCGCCGGAGCCCACGGAGCCACCUCCGUGGCCGAGGCUUACCCCGACCAAGCCCCAGUUGUACAGGUGGCCAACGAUGCCAAUGUGGUGCCUCAGGCCGAGUCAGAGGCUGAACCCGAACCCGAGACUGCUGAUGAUGCCGCUAAGGUACCACGAGACUUCAACUUCGCCGCAGACGAAGCCUCCGUUGCUGCUGCUGCUGAGGAAGAAACAGUUCCUCUACCCGUUUCCAAUGCUGAGCUCCCAGUCCCCGCUCCCAUUGCCCCUGUGGCCGCCCUGGUGCCAGUGAACCGCUACCUGCCCGCCAAGAAGAAGGUGAUCGUCGAGCUGGACCAGGAGGAGGAGGAGGAGCCACAGGCCGCCGCCAUUGAAGACGAGGAGGAAAUAGAGAACGGUGUGGCCGACGACGUUGAGGAGGACGAGGAAGAGCUGUCCGUACCCGUGCAACCUAUUAACCCUGUGCGCGUGCCAAACGCCCGUCGUCCCGUAGCCCAGAAACCCGUAAAGGCAGCUUCUCCUGCUGGCAAGCCCUCCAAGAAGCCGGCGGCCCCCCUGCCCACUGGCACCUUCUUCCCAAUCGACUUCGGAGGCACCAACGGCGGCGCCAUUGCCAUCGCCAACUCUUUCAGCACCGGAGAGGGCGGAUCUGCCACCAGCCACGCCAUCGCGUACGGCUCCCCCGAGUCCGCAGUCCGCCGUGCCCGCCCGAAUCCUAGCAAGUUCCGCCACUAAUCCUCGAACCGCAUCUUGCUGGCAUUCGCAACUGCGAGGGCACCCGAAUCAAAUCAGUCUAAAAGGAUUCUCCUGUAAUAAUUAGCAAAUUUGUCCAUCUUUGAGCGCAAUAAAUUCAAAUUUUCUGUUUUUAAA